UUCAGCAUCGUUCUCUGCGAGAAGUUUCACUUCAUCGACGUUGACACGCGCUGAAAGCGAAGUUUUCAGUCGAACCAACGGAUGUUGGAAUGAAACAUGGACUCGACGGAACAUAACAGCAUCACUGUUGCCGCCGCCGGCAUCCCUGCUUCAGGCAGCAACAGCAGUUCCGUCCACAGCAGCCCGUCCGGGUUGCCCAGAAUUGCCGACGAGGGUGCGCGACCUCAGGCUGCCGCCCAUGGUGCAACCAACAUGAACAACCGAAACAAUGACAGUGACGGAGAGGCGGCGCCGGCAGCUAGCACCGUGGCACGGCAAGCUGUCCAGGACUAUGAAUACGCGGACAACCUCGACGAGAUCACGGUGCGCCAGCUGGAAGAGGACAUAAGGGCAUACAGCUACGACCUGGACUACUGCCGCGCACAGCUGCAGGAGGCGGACCUGACCCUGACCCCCCAGGAAACACGGACACUGCAGCUGCGCAUCCUCGAUCUCGGCCACCAGAUCCGCCACUGUAGGCAUCGAAUCGAACUAGCCAGAGCGCAGGCGCGCAAAUCAUCAGCUCCUGGCUGGAGCCUUCCGAUUCACCGACACCAACGUGAAAUAGGAUCAGGCCUAGGACCGAUUCCCAGAACAACUAACGGCCUCCCCAGCAGCACCAUCAGCAAGCACCCACGAAACCCAAGCGGCAGCGGCCUCGGAGCCGGAGCUGGAAGUAUCAUGCCACCAAGCAAGCGCGUAACCUCCGGCUCGAAACGGCCCUCCCUCCCCGAUCCUUCAGACGACGAGGAAACCGAGAAGGAAACCAAUCACAAGGCCAACGACGCCGCAUCCGCGUCCGCAUCCGCAUCCGCAGCUGCAAAGCGGCCAAAGCUGACCGCACCCUCCCCAUCAGACUCAGACACAGUAAUGGCAGGCGGUGGCAUGGACGACGAGGUGAACACAACCCUCCAACGCCUGGGCUUCUGGAAAUGCCGGCUCUGCUCAGCGCCCAAAUACCUCCUAGCAGGCAGCGGCCGGUCACCCGCCGCGCCGUGCAAGUGGCCGCUCAAGGACAUCUCCAAGAUGAUCACCCACUUUACCGAGAUGCAUGCUGAACAUACACCGGCGGAACGCUGUGCUGAGUUGGGGGCUGCGUUGAGUCAUAAUCGCGGGCCGUUUGAGUACUGGCUGCGCAAGACGCGCGCGGUGAAUAUCAGGGAUGGCGGGGUCAUUGAUGACUGUCUUUCUAGCUUGGUUAGUGGGACGAUGCCUAACCUGCUAAGACGUCACAGCAGGGCUGCUGCUGGGAUGCCGCUUCCUUGAUUCGGCAUGGAGGAUUUCUCCGAGGAUUUGAUCGGCGGAUGGGCCGUUUCUACACGCUUCGCAUUCACGACUCCCAUCUAGAGGGAGGAUAUCCUGGCGCUGGCGAGCACUCUUUGUCUUGUGUUUGGGGUAGGGGAAACCGGAGAUGUGGAGCAUGAUCAAGGAGUUAGAGACGCAGAGCAUUAGGGCACGAAUGGCACGCAUCGUCACGGUGGUUUAUGGUAUUUGUUAUGUUAUGA